AUGAUUGAUGAAGUAGCCCGUGAGUUGGAUAGAUUGAGCCAACCCAUUGAAGAAGAAAUAAUGUUCAGCGUUGAAGAUGAUGACGAUGACUAUGAGGGUGAAUAUGAUGCGGAAGAAAUAGAAGAAAUGCAAGAAGCAGAAGAUGAACCGCAAGUAUAUCCUGACGAGGAAGAUGAUGUUCGUGCAGGAGUGAGGUUUGAAGAAGUCCCCGUGUUGAGUACAACAGAUGAUUCAAAUAAAGAUGAGAAAAGGAGAACACAAAGUGGACGAUCAUUUUAUUCAAACGGAGUCAAGUAUCGACCCACAGAUAGGAAUCAAACUGACAAGCCAAGACAUGGUCAGACGUACUUACAACGAAAGAAGCCCAAGAUCAAUUUGUUAAAGAACAGGAGUGCCAUGAGAAAGAAGGCACGGUUGAAGAGAUUACAUAUCUCAUUAUACCAGGCUAUCGCAUCAAAGAUUCGUGACGAGGUGUACACAAGAGAAGUAGUGUCAUUUAUUCAGCGGUAUUAUCUUAACAAAGGAUUAAAGAUUUUCAAAGAACGAGGAAAAGAAGCUGCACUAAAGGAACUUGAUCAACUGAUCAAACGAAGUUGUUGGACACCCAUCAGCAUUGGUGAAUUGACUGAAUCCAAGAAGAGGAAAGCAGUCGAUGCAAUGAUGUUACUGGCAGAGAAAAACAGUGGUGAUAUCAAAGGCCGUUUUGUGUAUAAAGGAAAUGAGACAAGAGACUGGCUGUCUAGAGAGGACACAGCUAGUCCAACUGCAUCGCAUGAAGGUAUCUGUUGCACAGGAGUGAUUGACGCGCACGAAGGUAGAUGCAUGAUGUCAAUGGACAUUCCAAACGCAUUCAUUCAGACCUUGAUGCCAGAUUUAGGUGAUGGAGAAGAUCGGGUGAUCAUGAAGGUAACUGGACUGAUGGUCCAAUAUAUGAUCGAUUUGGACCCGACCUAUCGCGAUUAUGUUGUUUAUGAGAAUGGCAAGAGAGUGAUCUAUGUUGUGAUCCUUCGUGCCAUAUAUGGGAUGUUGCAGGCCUCGUUGCUGUGGUAUCAAAAUCUGAGAGCUUCUCUAGAGGAGUAUGGCUUUGUUUUUAAUCGAUAUGAUCCCUGCAUUGCCAACAGAAUGGUUAAUGGCAAACAAUUGACAAUCAGGUUCCAUGUUGAUGACGUUUUGGCGAGUCACAUGGAACAACAAGUACUUGAAGAUUUUUUCACAUGGGUGAAUGAGAAAUAUGGUGGCUUAAAAGAGGUCACAUGUACUAGAGGUAAAGUUCAUACUUAUUUGGGUGUGACAUUGGAUUUUUCAAAGAAAGGAAAAAUGAAAAUUCGCAUGGAUGAUUAUGUGGAUCGCAUGCUGAGUGAGUUUCCAGUCAAGUUUAAGGACAAUGAGGUCCAGGAGACACCAGCCGGAAAUAAUCUACUGGAGAAAGGUAAAGGGGCACCGCUUGAGAAGGAACGACAUGAAAUGUUCCAUUCGUUUGUUGCCAAAUCGUUAUUUUUGUCAAAACGUGCUCGUCUGGACAUCAGUCCAACAGUAUCGAUUUUAGCAUCAAGGGUGCAAUCUCCGAAUCUGGGUGAUUGGCACAAACUAGUUCGAUUGAUGAGAUACAUUCAUUCUACGAAAGGAUGGCAUCUGACAUUGAGCGCUGAUGAUUUGCGCGUGAUUAAGUGGUAUGUCGAUGCAUCAUUUGCUGUUCAUCCAGACUUCAAAAGUCAUACUGGAGCUGUGAUGACAAUGGGCACUGGAGCAGUGCAAGCAAUUACACGAAAGCAGAAAUUGAAUUGUGACAGCAGUACACAUGCUGAACUAAUUGGAGUCCAUGAUGCCAUGUCAAAUAUUUUAUGGACCCGCUUAUUUAUGGAAGAACAAGGUUACCCAAUCGAGAAGAAUAUACUAUACCAAGAUAACAAGAGUUCGAUCCUACUUGAAACAAAUGGGAGAUCAAGCGCCGGGAAAAGGAGCCGUGCGCUAAAUAUCCGGUAUUUCUUUGUGACAGAUCAAGUCAAAUUGGGCAACAUUACUAUUGAACACAUGCCAACUGAUGAAAUGUGGGCAGAUUACAUGACAGAGCCUUUACAGGGCGAAAAGUUUCGCAAAUUCCGGGCUGUAAUCCAAGGUGAGCAGGAUUAG